AAGUGGCCCUAAGCGGCCGGAGGGCGCUCGGGCUUCACUUCCGUAUCGUUCGCCUCGUCGAGGGAAGUCCUCGGUGGACCGGAAGCGUUACCGUACGGGCACGAGACGCGGAAAGCCAAAUGCGGAGAAGUUUGUUGUCGUGAGGCUCUUGCCCAGCCUGCAUAGCAACACAUACACACGGCGGCCGUCAGUCGGGUUCUCGCUGUUCGCUGCGCUGGUUUGGUUGGUCGCUUCGGUGUUAAAAUUUAAUUCGUAUUUACCGCUGGAUCUGUUUGUGCCGGGUUUGUUCCCGUCGCCGUUCCCGUUCCGACGGUCGAGAGGGCGUUGCGGCCCCCGCCCUCACCGCCCCGUUCCACUUCUGUCACGGUCGCGCAGGCAGGAUGCAGUAGCGGCCCCGCCAUGAUGGGCGGCCGAGGCGGCCGGCGCCUGGGGCUGUACGUCCUGGUGACGCUGGCCCUGGUGGCCCUCAGCUACCGCCUGCUCCCCACCGGCAUGUCUCUGAGCUGCCCGCCCGUCAUGGUGCCCAAGCAGCAAUACACCGUCGGGGCGGACCGCGCCGUGUACCGCUACGACAGGGACAUGCCGCUCAUCUUCAUCGGCGGCGUGCCUCGCAGCGGCACUACCCUCAUGCGAGCCAUGCUGGACGCGCACCCGGAAGUCCGGUGCGGCCAGGAGACGCGGGUCAUCCCCCGCAUGCUGCAGCUGCGGCAGCACUGGGUCAAGGCCAAGAAGGAGAGCGUGCGGCUGGAAGAGGCCGGCGUCAACAAGGAGGUCCUGGACGCGGCGGUCGCGGCGUUUUGCCUGGAAGUGAUCGCGCGCCACGGCGACCCCUCUCCCCGGCUGUGCAACAAGGACCCGCUGACGCUCAAGUCAGCCACCUACCUCGCGGAGAUAUUCCCUAGUUCCAAAUUUGUAUUUAUGGUUCGUGAUGGGCGGGCCACUGUGCACUCAAUAAUCUCAAGAAAGGUCACAAUCACGGGCUUUGACUUGACGAGCUACCGGCAGUGUAUGGAAAAGUGGAACUCUGCCAUCCAGACCAUGUACGCUCAGUGCCAAGCAGUCUCCCCUCGAUGUCUGAUGGUGCCCUACGAGCAGUUGGUGUUGAAGCCCAAGCAGUGGAUGGAGAAGAUUCUGCACUUCCUCGACAUUCCUUGGAAUGCUUCAGUAUUGCACCAUGAGGAGUUCAUCAACAAACCUGGAGGAGUUUCUCUUUCAAAGGUGGAGAGGUCUUCAGAUCAAGUCAUUAAGCCCGUCAACUUAGAGGCGCUGACGAAGUGGGUCGGACAAAUCCCAGAUGACGUUGUCCGAGACAUGGCGGAGCUCGCACCGAUGCUGCAAGUUCUUGGCUACGACCCACACGCGAACCCGCCAUCUUACGGAGAGGCUGACGCAGUUGUUGCUGACAACACAAGACAAAUUAAAAAGAACCAAAGACACUGGGAAGAGAGGGCCCGGGAUCUACUCAGCCCUCAAGUCUUUCAGGACUCUAAUGUAGAAGAAUCAGGGUCAGAGGUACCUCCGGUGGGAACUAGAUAACUGUAGUCCUUUUGACUCUAAUCUAAACAAUUUAAAGUCUGUUUUUGUUUUUUGUUAUGUUUUGUUUAUUUUGAUUAAGUAGUCCCUGCAUUGGUGUCAUUCCCAACUUAUUCUAUAGUAUUUUUAUAGAAAAAUAUAAAUCAAAAAUUAGUAAAAGAUAUGACUGUUUUAAUUUGGCUUUAGUGAUGUUAUUAAAAUUUAUUGUACGCUCUGGGAUACCUUCAAUAUAAAAACACAUUCCUUGAUGUUCUUCUUCUAUUUGUUAGCUUAUAUCAAAAUUUGUACAAAAGAAUCCCCGAAGUCAUGUCUACUUAAAAUUUUCUAUGAGUUUGGCUCACAGGUCUGUGAUUAGGAACUUCAAAGACACUAUGUCACAUUUUAAUCAAUAUUUUGGAAUUAUUUCCUGUAUGGUACAAUGCUUAGAAAAUUAUUCAAUUUUAAAGAAGUUAUUUGUUGUUUUUCUCGAGUUCUUGUAAAUAAGCCUAUGAAACUUGUGCCAGCUUGUGAAAUUAUUAUUGAUGAGUGAUUUUCUGUAUCAAUGUCAGUUAUUGAAAUACCAAGGGACUGCAUAGAAGCCAAUGUAGUACUGAUAAUUUAAUUUGGCACUGAUAAUUUAUUGUAAUCAUUGGUUCGUGUGCAAUGUCAUUUGUCAUUUCCCGAUGACCUUUGCCUCCAUGUGAAGAAUAUGAAGUGAGCUUCUUAGAUUCUAAAAUUCGAUUGAUGAAUUGACGAUAAAUGUUGUAUGGAUAGUUAAAAAUGAACUUUUCUAGAACUUGUCAAGUUGAAGACUGGUAAGACCUUUUCUAUUCUAUGUUUUUGGCUCCUUUCCAUUUUAUUGUGUUUCUUUCACAAACGCGCCUUCUUUUGUGCCAUAUUCCAUACAACAGCUAAAAUUUUAUGUAACCUAAAUUCUUACAUAUCAGAAUAGGUUUUAACAAUUCUUCAUAUUGCAUCAAGAAUAUACCGGUCUUAGCACACAGAAAGAAGUUUUCCUUCCCUAUUUUACUCUUUCUCACUGUUUAAGAUGAAUCAAAGCAAAAUGUUGAUGUACAAAGAAUAGACAAUUAAGUGAAACGGGUUAAUUUAAUUUAAGUGGUGCUAUGAAGUCAGAGAUACUUGCAGUUAAAGAAAAGCCAUAUGUGAAAUGUAUAUAAAUUAUUUUUACAAGAAUGUUUUAGGUAGGUUUGAUUAUGCAUGACAAAGUGACAUAAAGGUUGCCUCCAUAAAUGUUGCUUCCUUUUGACUCCAAAAAUAGUUGCAAGUUUUAUUACAAAUUCACUCUUGUUAUCCUCUUGGGUAAUAAUGUCUUUCCUAUGUGGUUGACUGCGUUUCUAUCUUAUGUGUCAUUCCUCGGACUAAUUUAUGAAUUCUCUUGUUAGAUUUUAACUUAGCUCGAACAACAUAUGUGGUUAUAGAUUUAAAAUUAAUUUGCUGGUCAUUCUCCCAAGUGAUUUUGUUUCAGCCCCCGCCACAGAAAAUGAUUGUAGUCAUUUCUUUUCAUGAUUUCAAACAUAUUGUUUAAGCCCUUGCAUUUUUUAGGAACAGAGAACAAAUAAUUGAUCAAUCUUUUAACUGUUACAACUUUUUGGCAUGCUGUGCAUUUAAUCACAUUGACAUGUCAAUGUAGUGAUGUACUUAAAUAGGCACGAGGUCCAGCAUGGGUCUGGAGAGCCUUUCCUACACAAAUGAGCUUUGUUCGCAAACCUAAAAUGCGCUUCCUUUUAAGAGUUUAUGCAUCUCUCCUAGUGAGCAGUGUGAAUAUUGUGAAUAUUGUUGUCUGAUAUUAUUGUUGAUUGUUGAAUGGAUGGAUCUCAUUGUUUGCUUUCGAGGUAGUUGCUCUGUUUCACUUCCGAUGUGGUGCCCGAUUUCUUCGAUUUCUUUGUCGAAGCCAGUGUUGUAACAGGGUCAUUGCGUGUCAACAUGUUAUGUACGAAUAAAUCGAGUAUGAUUUAUUAGCCAGGA